GCUAGCUGGCCGUCGCUGGUUGGUUGAUAGCAGCCAUGGCCCGACUUGCUGCGCUACUGCUGUUACCGGUCCUCAUCGAAUCUGUGUUUUCAAUUUCUUUCUUUUUACCAGUCAACUCAAGAAAGUGUUUACGAGAAGAGAUCCACAAAGACGUUUUGGUCACGGGGGAGUACGAAAUAAGCGAACAGGCGAACACGAAAACGAAUCUGAAGAUCACAGAUUCUUCCAGCCACACACUUUAUUCCAAGGAAGAUGCAUCAAAAGGGAAAUUUGCAUUCACCACCGAGGACUACGAUAUGUUUGAGGUGUGCUUUGAAAGCAAAUCGCCCAUGGGAACUGGCCGAGUGCCUGACCAGCUGGUCAAUUUGGACAUGAAGCAUGGUGUGGAGGCCAAAAACUAUGAAGAGAUUGCUAAGGUGGAGAAGCUGAAGCCUCUGGAGGUUGAGUUGAGGCGCCUGGAGGACCUCUCAGAGUCAAUUGUCAACGACUUUGCUUACAUGAAGAAGAGGGAAGAGGAGAUGCGGGACACUAAUGAAUCCACCAACACACGCGUGCUCUACUUCAGCGUCUUUUCCAUGUGCUGCCUCAUUGGACUGGCUACAUGGCAGGUCUUCUACUUGCGGCGUUUCUUCAAGGCGAAGAAGCUGAUCGAGUAAGAAGAGCUCCCGACGUCCGACUGCGGGAAGUCUCCCAUCAGUCGACCAACAUCCAAAAAAAAAAAAAAAGAUCCUCUGUGGACUCACAUCAGCAGACAACAGUAAAAUGGUUUGAGGGGGUUCUGUUUGUAAUUUUUUUUCACAGCUGGGAGAGAGGGCAAGAGUGUCCUCUGAAAAUUAUUUAGUGGUUUGAAACAGGAAACAGUCUGUGGGGAGAAAUAUGCACAGAUGAUGUUCGUCGCUGUGGCGUUUCACUUUUCUGUCCACGCUGUUUUGAAUGUUGAGGCUUUCCCCCUUCUUUCAUUCUGAACAAUGUUUUUUUUUUUCUAGCUUAGUUUGAAUGGAUGUGCCAUGGAAGAAUGUCGUUUGCCCUUCUGUUGUACAAGUUUGUUGUUAUGCCAAGAAAAUUAGAUAUUUGCUGCCCUUUUAAUCAAGUGAAGAUUAUUAAAAAAAGGCUGCUUACUUUACAAAAAAA